AUGUACCACUCUCCAGAACAUGAUUUGAAUAAUAUAAAAGCAAUUAGACAUAAGAAAGCUCUUUCAACUGAUGAGGAAACUGAAUCGUCUGGGAACGAAUUGACUGUUUCAUCAAAGAAAAAUGGGACCAGAAAGAAGUAUCCAAGGCCCCCCAGAACUUCUAGUGAUGUCAGCAGUGCUUCCAAAGACUCAAAUACAAAUGAUCAUGCUGUUUCAAACAUCACAACUCCUAUGAAUCUUCAGACUGUUGAUGAGAUUAUCAAAUCUAUUCACAAACAACAAAUAUUGACAAGGAAUAUUUCAUCUCAAGUGCUGGAAGAGUUGCAACAGCUCAAGGAAAUUGAAUGUGUGGCAACAGAGAAGGAUAAUGAGAAUAUCUCCAUAUUUUCAAUAUUCCAUUUCUCUCUUAUGGAUAAUGAUGGGCAACUCAAUGAUGUAGAAGAAUAUUUAAAGGACGAGAAGAACUUUACAUCUGCUAUAAAUGUGUUGUCCAAGCUGGGAGGCAGCAAUGUCUAUGAAGUUAAAAGAUGUCUGAAUUCUUCAUUUUCUAAUACCUACGCUGCCGAAUAUAGUUGGCUUGGGAUGAAGAAAAAAAAAUCUUCAGCAAACUCAAAAUAG